AUGUCAGCCCCGGUUUCAAAUCAAGUCGGUAAUCUCGGCCAGAGUGUCGCCGUGCUUGAUGCCAGCGUCAGCCCCGAUGGGCAGAUUGGCUCGCCGCAGUUCCUUGACGCCGUGAACUCCCUGCUUCUGGUUUUCGGCCAGGCUGCAUACAUUCAAACUCUCAUUCAGGCUGAACGAGCUUCUGGACAACAUGAGGCGACUGAGGCGCUCCUGUGGCUGACGCGAGGUCUCGAGUUUUACGUCGCGUCGGCGAGGCGCAUUGCGAACAACACAUCCGAGAAGCUGUCCGACAGCAUCAUGAGCGCCUACAAAGACACGCUCAAGAAGCACCAUGGCUUUGUCGCCAAGACGGCCAUCAAAGUAGCGGUGUCCAAGACUUGUCCGACUCGCGACGCACUACUCCGUAAGCUGGGUCAAGACCCCACAAUGAUCGUGAACGCUCUGCAAGCCUCUGCGACAAGCUUCGAGCGCGUGUUGCACGUUUUGGCCCCGUUCCUCGCAAGGAGCGACAUCAAGUUCUAG